AUGAGGACACUCACUCUACUCAUUGCCCUUCUGGUGGCCCUCCAGACCCAGGCAGAACCUCUCCAAAGAAGAGCUGAGGAGGUUCUAGACCAGGAGCAGCUGGGAGAGGAUGACCAGGAUAUGUCCAUAUCCUUUGGAGGGGAUGAAAGCAGUGCUCUUCAAGAUGCAGAUGUGAGGUCAGGCUUGACCUGCUAUUGCAGAUUAAGAGGCUGUGAAUUUGGAGAACACCUCAUUGGGUACUGCAGGUACCAGAAUGUCAUCUACCGACUCUGCUGCCGCACAUGA